AUGACAUACCUCGGUAUUGUCAUCAACAAGUCUUGUCUGUUCAAGGCCCACAUAGCAGAGGCGGCGCGAAAGGCAGACAGGGUAGGAGCAACCCUGGCGAGACUCAUGCCGAAUGUAGGUGGCCCACGCGAGGCCAGACGAUGUCUUCUUGCGUCCGUCGUGCAGUCAGUACUGUCAUGGGCUCCCACGUUGGACUUUACUAAUGGAAAUGUAAAGCUCCUCAACAGGACUCAGCGCAGGGUACUCCUCCGGAAGAUCUGGGCCUACAGGACAGUCUCCGAGGCUGCAACAAAAGUCCUAGCAGGCAUCCCGCUGGCGGAUUUGCUGGCCAGAGAACGUGAGACAGAAUACAGGAGAAGGAGGAGUAUUACAAACGUGGUAACUGGCGCCGUGCCCGCAUACCCAACCGUAGCUCAAUGA